GUCACUCGACUCGGCCGACCUCUCCCACGGCCACCGCCGACCGGCCCGCCACCACCGCCGACCCCACCACAGCAGCAGCAGCAGCAGCAGCAGCAACAUGAACCAACACGAGCAACAACCCCCCCGAACCUCGCGCGGGGUGCCCCGGGACUCGCGCGAUCGGGACCGCGAUCGGGAUCGCCACCACCGGCCGCGUCCGCGACCCCGGGCCCGGUCCCCCUCGCCCGCCGCCUCCACCUCGGCCACAUCCACCUGCUCCUGCUCGACAGCGACAACAACAACAACAACCACCACGAGCGGCCCCACAACCAACAGCAGAACCACCCAUAGUAGUAGCCACAACAACCGCAAAGCCCUCAUCCCCUACCCCCACGCCCCGCAGCAGCAGCGCCGCCACCGCCAUGGCUCUUUCUCAGAUGACGAUGAUGAUGACAGCGCUCCCGAGGAGUACACGGUCUACCCGGACGGGCGGAUCCGCGAGCACCGGCGGCCGCGGCGCAGUGGGGGGAAAGAAAAGGGUUAUCGGGAUGGUGGCGGGUAUCGGGAUGGUUAUGAUGACGAGUAUGAGUAUGGGGGUAGUGGGGGGAGGAGGUUGCGGCGGACGCGGUCGCGGUCGCGGGAGGAGGCGAAGGGGUUUUUGAUUGCGGCGGUGGUGCUUGUGGCGGGGAUUGUGUUGUGUUCUGAUUGAGGAGCGGGGGGUGGGGAUACGGAUCGAGG